AUGGCUGGAAGGAAUGACGCUGCAAUGGCUGCCGCAAUGCAAGCAAUGGCACAAGCUGUGCAGAACUUGCCAAAUGCUGGUGGUGAUGCUGGAUCACGUAGCUUGGCGACUUUUCAGAGAGAGAAUCCGCCGGUGUUUAAAGGGAAGCAUGAUCCAGAUGCAGCCUUGGGAUGGUUGAAAGAGAUUGAGAGAAUCUUCCGUGUUAUGGAUUGCACUCCAGCUCAGAAGGUUCGGUAUGGUACUCACAUGCUAGCAGUCGAAGCUGAUGACUGGUGGCUAGAGACUCACGCGAGGUUGACCGUGGCAGGUGAAGUCAUUACUUGGGAUGUAUUCCGUAGGGAAUUCCUGAGAAAGUAUUAUCCGGAAGAUGUCCGUGGUAAGAAGGAAAUCGAGUUCCUUGAGCUGAAGCAAGGAAACAUGUCUGUCACUGAUUAUGCUGCGAAAUUUGUGGAGCUGUCCAAAUUUUAUCCUCAUUACACUGGUGCUGGUGCUGAAUUUUCAAAGUGCAUCAAGUUUGAAAACGGACUGCGCUCUGAAAUUAAGAAGGCUGUUGGGUAUCAGAAGAUACGCAUUUUUACUGAAUUGGUUGAUAGCUGCAGGAUAUUUGAAGAAGACAAUAAUGCUCAUUACAAGAUUGUCAGUGACCGCAGGGGCAAGCAACAUCAAAACCGUGGCAAGCCGUAUGAUGCUCCAGUGGGAAGAGGGAAACAAGGAGCUGCUCCGGCUCAGAGGACCAGUAGGGGAGAUGCUCCUGCUGGUAUAGUUUGCUUCAAAUGUGGUCAGGCUGGUCAUAAG